AUGGACAUGGACUAUCUCCUGCCAAACCCAGCCCGCUACGCGCCAGACAGGCUGCGGGAGUGCCUCGACCACUUUGGGAUCAAGAAGCUGGUCAGGCUGUACAACGAGAACAUCAAGCCCAUGCAGGAUGAUCCGCUCAUGCUCCGCGACUUUAUCACCAGCACCAACGAGGCGCGACUACGCCUUGCAUGCAAUACAUGGCGUGAGCCUGAUGAUGAACACAGUGAGUACAUGGGGGAAGGCGAGGUGCCCGUCUUCAUCCAGAUCCUCAGCGAUGAAGCCCUGCUUCGCUGUCUGCGCAAGCUCGAUCACGGACCACCGCCAGAGAUUACAGAGUCCAACCGGCGGUACUGCGAGCGACGGUACCUGGAGCUUCUCUCGCUCGGCGUGGACCCUGUCAGCUCCGAUCCAGACCGCUUCGACGCCAUCCCCGUCCGCGAUGUCGACGAGGACGGUGUACGGCGGCGAGGGAAGCGCAGCGGUGGCGGCGGUGCUGCUGGCGUGGACACCGCGCCGCUACUCAAGACGCAGCGUACGCGUGAUAGGUCAACCUGGACAGAUCGCCUGACGUUGAAGCACUGGGUCGUGCUGCUGAGCGGAUUCGCAGCCGUGGCGGCGCUCGUCAUCUUCCUCAGUGUCACUCUCUCAUGA